UACCAGUCUCAUCUGUCUAAUGGAAUGUUUUUUUUUUUGGUUGUUGUCUUUUUUGUCUGUGUUUUGGCAAGAAGAGGAGCAGAUCAAACAUUAGUUCAGGACAUGGCACAGACGGUCCUAUAUUGGAGCAAGCUACAAAAUAAUAAUUAACUAGGGACAGCCUGUCAGAUACACACAAAUACCUUUUCAGAGAGCAUUCUCUUGAAAUCUCAAACCGACAAAUUCACAUCAAGAUGGAGAACAUGCAGUGUCCUGCUGAGGACGUAGCCAUCCUGGCUUCGGUCGCUCGAGACAUCUGUCCAUUCCCAGACUACAACCCAAGUCCUCUUUUUGUCGACAUGCUGUCCAUCAACUCUUCACUUCACCUGAGGAACCACUACAGGGAGGUGCAGUCCUCCCUGACCCCCAAGCAGCUGGAGGACUUCACCCAGGGCCUGAGGACCACUUUUGGCCGGCAGGGGAAGGUCACCCUUGGUGGGGUGGGGGUAGUGGCCCUGUCCCUGGCUGUGCUGUUUGACACUCUGGCCAGACAGAUCAGGGGAGAGUGGGUGUCGGACUCUGGGCCCAUUCCAGGUUUAUUCCUUAAAAACAUGAGAGGUUAUUACCCACCACAGGUCCACACGGUCAGCGAGUACCUGAGGCUGGUCCCCUACAUUGCAAACAACCCGUCAAGGAUGGUAGAGGAGUCAGAGAAGUACCUGAAGAAGUUGAUAAUACAAGGCCGACAUUUGGAGAAAUUGGGAGAAAACCACACGAUGAACGAAGACAUCACAGCAGUCAAUGAGAUGGUGGGAUCCUAUUUUGCAGGCUGUUUGUAUCUUCACCUCCGCCGAAUAAACAAUGCUACUGUGGAAGAGUUAGUGAUUUCUAACAGAAGUCGAUCACCUGAUGUGAACUUCUUUCAUCUCAACUGUGACCCGGAGAUGGCUGACAGACAAUUUUUGGCUGAACUGCAAAAAUCUGAGAACCGCAUCCGAGAGGCUUUUAAUAGAUGUAAGCCAAAUCAUGAGCGCAAAGCAAAGACAUGGCUGCUCUAUGUUGCCCAGCUACAAUGGCUGGAUGUCUUUACUUUACCUUUAUAUGCGUUUGGAUAUGAGAGUCCUGAAUCUAUGAUUGCUCAUAGAGAAGAUUUUGAUCUGAAAGCCGAUGCUCUUGGAAAAUGGACAUAGUUUACUGUCCUGUUUUUGCAAAUACAGCUAAAAAGACACGUUUUUGAUUCUCAAUAUAUUGGUCAGUUUAAAGACUAAUUGUAUAAAACUUGGCCAGGGUUUUGUUUUUUAUCAUAAUUUAAAAAAUUCCAAAAUUCCUCUUUUGCAAGACGUAUAGAAUAGGAGAUACGCAUAACACUCACACUUUGACCCUUAAGGCCUGUUUUGGUCCCAUUGACUCCCAUUAUAAAAACAUAUUUUAGAUACACUGUAAUCCUGACAUAAUAUAAUGCUUUCUCCAUGAAUACCUAAUAAAUCUAAGCCUCUCCCUUCAAAAUACAUGGAAAAUAGGUUUUAGGUGUGAUGACCCCCUCAAACCACCAGGGGCAGCAGAGCUAAAUCACAUACAGUUUCAAUGGAGGUUUUCUUACCUUGCAAAAUGCAUGGCAAUGAAAAAGCUGAACACCAUAAAAAAUGUUCUUGGUGUGUUGGGAUUGAUAUAAAGAAGUUAUCAAUUAUUGAGUCAAGGCUGUAAUAACCUCACCCCAAAUAUUUCACUUUGUACCUUAUUUUUAAAAAUAUUGCAUAUUUUGUGUUUUUGCCCUUGAGAAAAUCAGGGGUUCUUAUGACAAAAAGGGCAUUAAAACAUACAAAAAUGAAAAGAAAAGAAAAAAUCAUAUCUAUGUUAGGUCUGAAGCUGCUAGAAGGUUUGAUGCUGUGAAAGUGAAAUUUUUUUUUAUGUAGCACAUUUUUAUGACACUUGAAUUAGAGGGACCAUUUCGGGACCUUAAAGGAACACUCCACCGUUUUUUCAUAUUAAAACAUGUUAUUCGGGUAAGUAAGACGAGUUGAUACAGACCUCUUGCGUCUCAAUGCGUGCACUCAAUCGCCCUGGCGCGCGGAGCUACUUGGCUAGCACUUAGCUUAGCCCCGUUCAUUCCUCAGGAUCCAAACAGAUGGACAGUUAGAAGCGACCAAACUCCUCCACGUUUUCCCUAUUUAAAUACAGCUACACGAGUAGUUAAACAACCAAGUAUGGCGACACAAAAUAAAAUGUGGCGCUUUUCGAAGCGGAUAAAAAGGAGAACUAUAAUGUAUGGCGGAAUAGCACUUGGGAGCACUUCGACUCGGCGCAGUAAUAUCAUCACUCCUGACGGAAGUGAGAGGGAGGGGAAGUGACCAAAUGAAUGAAUGAACUGGGCUAAGCUAAGUGCUAGCCAAGUAGCUCCGCGCGCCAGGGCGAUUGAGUGCACGCAUUGAGACGCAAGAGGUCUGUAUCAACUCGUCUUACUUACCCGAAUAACAUGUUUUAAUAUGAAAAAACGGUGGAGUGUUCCUUUAAGGUAUAAAGUGUAAGGUCAUUUUAAAGAGGCUUCGAGGGUUAAAGUGUUGAGAAUCAACAUCAGUAUACAGCCAGAUUAGCCAUAGAGAAUAUGACAAAGGGGUGAGAAUGUGAUCAGUCAUAUAGUUUUCAAUUCUGAUAUUAUUUUUUUUCUUCCUUGUUUGUUUGUCCAUCGCUUUGAGAUUAUUUGGUGUUUUGAGCUUUUGUCCCCCUCUGACUAUUUCAUGAGUCAUAGUCUUACAACUCCAGUUGUGACUUAGUAUCUGGGUUUUAUUUGGAAUUAUCAGUGGAUGUUAAAUUCGACAAAUGACUAAUUUCGCCUCUUGGCCCUUUCAUACUGCCGUCCUGCAAAUGUCCCGAUAUAUUCUUGGACAGAGAGCGUCAUCUAGUGGGCUCAGAAAAUAUAGAAAAUAGUUCAUGAAGCUUCAUUUGGACAUCACUAGUAUACUCUCUGUAUGUCCUGCAGCAUUUUCAGUAUGUCAGUAAAUUUACAUUACAAGGUUGUCAUUUUGUGUCUUUGUAGUCCCUUUGUUUGGGUUUUUUUUGGUUGUUUUGUGUCUCAAGAAUGUGCUCGGAAUUAAUGAGAUAAUAUUCCUAUAAUAAGAAUUAAAAGUAGAUAAUUAUGUCAUACAUUUAAAUUGCUUUGAAACUGUUCUCAGAAUUCUGAAAUAAUUCUCUUAAGAACAGGAUGCUUCCAUAAUAAAUCAAUACAGGCUGAAUACAGGGGUGGACUUUGCGU